AGCUAAUAUAUGCAUUUUAAGUGGUUUCAUGUAAAAAAAAAAUAUGAAUAUAAAAGAUUAUAAAAUAUUAAAUGAAUAAUUUUUAUAUUAUAUAUUUACGUAUAUUUAUAUAUUUAAUAUAUUAAUGACAAAUUAUGAGAGAAAAAAGAAACAAAUUUGUUUUAAUUAUAAGGAUAUUUUAUUCAGUAAAUUUUAUCAAUAUUUAUCACAAGCUGAUGAGUUUAGGAACGCUAAGAUCUAUAGUUCUUUUACAUUCAAGCGUAUAAACGAAAAGCAUAAAAUGGCUAAAUCUAAGGAAAAAAAAGGUAAAAGUGCUAUGAGCGAGGUUGUGACUCGUGAAUAUACAGUGAAUCUCCACAAACGUCUCCAUGGUGUUGGAUUUAAAAAGCGUGCUCCACGAGCUAUUAAGGAAAUUCGCAAAUUCGCUGAAAAACAAAUGGGAACUCCAGAUGUGAGAAUUGAUACACGACUUAAUAAACAACUUUGGUCUAAAGGAAUUAGGAAUGUACCAUUUAGAGUUCGUGUACGAUUAAGCAGAAGAAGAAAUGAUGAUGAAGAUUCUGCAAACAAAUUGUAUACUCUUGUUACUUAUAUACCAGUUGCUUCCUUUAAGGGUUUGCAAACAGAAAAUGUUGAUGCCAGUCAAGAUUGAUUUAUUUUUGAUUAAUAAAUAAUUUAUCUCAAUUUA